AUGUCCUCCACCACUACCAUUGCUCCCGUCAAGCGCGCCUGCGACAGGAAAGUCAAGUGCAUAGGUGAAGGCACCAACCCAUGCAAGAACUGUGUCUCUGCUGGCCUGGCAUGCACAUACAACGCCAUCCCCCAGAAGAAAGGCCCCAAGGGCAGUCGCGCCAAAGUCCUGUCUGAGCUUCGUGAGAACCAACGAAAUGCACAAUUGGCCUCUGGUUUCCCCCAAGAGCUGGGCCACGAUGGCCGGCCAUUGUCUUCGCAGAAUGUCCGGACUCCAGGCCUGGUCCCACGGCCCCUCGUUGAGAGUUGCAUGGAGUUCUUCUUCUCCUACAUCUACCCUUCACAGCCGGUACUUCAUCGACAACGGGCGCAAGAAGCCAUCGUCAACAUGGACCGCUCCAUCGAAGCCUACUGCAUGAUCGUGUCCUUGUGUGCGUACGUCAUGAUCCAGGCCAAUAUGAAGCCCCGAUCCGACCUUCUGGAGCGACAUGAGAUGGCUCAGAUGUCGAACGCUCAAUUCGGCCACAUCCUCCUGGAGGAAUCCAUCCGUGUACGGAGAGGAUAUGACUACCGCGAGAACCCCACAGCUUCCACGGUCCUGACAUCGUAUCUGUAUAGCGGGUGCUACUUUGGAUUGGCGAAAGAGAACACAGCGUGGACCUACCUCCGAGAGGCCACUACCCAAGCACAGCUUCUGGGAAUGCACGAUGAAGAGACAUAUAAGCACGACCCACUCGACACAUCACGCAAACGCGUGCUUUACUGGCUGCUAUUCAUGGCCGAAAGAACAUAUGCCCUUCAUCACCAUCGGCCAAUCUCACUCUACCCGACCAUACAUCCACCUUCUCUGGACGAAGUACCUGCUGACCGCCCAGUCGCCAUCGGCCUGGAGCUUAUGAUUAAUCUGUACAAAACCAUUGACGACACAUUUGUCAACCUCUGGAACCGCGUACACAGCCACAUUAACCCCACCUGGAUUGCACAAUUGCAAACGCAGCUCUCCGAAGCAGUCCCGGCAUAUCUUGAGUGCACCGAGGCACAAGCCGUCGAGAUCCGCGUAACUCAGCAAUGGCUGCGAGCAAUGGUCUGGCAACUGUGCGUCUGCCAAGGUCUUGUGAGCAGUGUUAGCCAGGAUACGUCCAUGACUUUCAAAUUCCCGAUCCAUAUCUCAAGAGACCUCUUGACGAUGACACACCAAUUUUCACAGCAGGCCAUGGAGGUACACGGCGUUGGUCUGAUCGAGAAGCUGUUCGAUAUCGCCUGCUGCCUGACUGACGUGGUCGCUUGCACGUCUUUCUCGCCAGAUGCUUUUGCUUUGGGUCCUCGAGACUAUGUGUCUCGUUUCCUUACCCUCAUUCAAACGCUGCGCGGCGGGCAAACCCGCUUCCUGCCGAUGCUUCUCGCCAAGCUGCAGGAGGUCCUGCCCAACCUCCCCUUGCCACGUUCCCUGAACCUGACACAACCGCUCCCUGGCUCGUCGAUCGGCCUUGGUGGCGCUGGCGGCAUGGUUCCUUCAAACGCAGGCGACGAGUUUUCAGCGCUUCCCUCUGUCAUUUCACCAUCGUACCCAUCAACCGAUUUGAUUCGAAGGCUUGCGGCACAGACUGGUGCUCAGUUACCGUUCAGCACGACCCAACAACCCAUGAUACCGGCACCGACAUCUCACAUCGAUGACAUGACAAUCUAUGAUUCUACUCACACUAACUCACAUUCCUCGGGGUCAGCUCCUCGAAGCAACUCCGCAACUCCGGGUCCCUACGAACCUCCCAUGUCACAAUCGCGCGCACAGCUUGUUGGCCAUCCCUCUGCUCAACUUUCUUCGACCGUUGCUCAGCAAGCCCACCUACAGUCGCACAAUCUCGGUGUCAAUUCCACCACUUACGAUCCACGAUUCAAUGUACAGGGGUUUCCGGUGGAUCCUGCGAUGAUGUUCAAGCAAUAG